AUGAGUAAUAAGUUUUCUAAUUUGUAUUGGUCUGCGGACUAUAAGUCAGGAAUUGACAAAUUGACCCAACAAUCAUUAAGAUCUAUAAAACAGCUUCAUGAAUUACGAAAACUUAUAUUCAAUUACAUGCAAUAUUUCCAUUCUAACAGUGAAUAUUUGAAUAAGUUGGGGAUAGAAGCAUUUUCGUUUGAAAGUGGGUUUAGACCAGUAGUACCGAAAGAAUCAAUGGAGUUUCCAUCAAAGAAUCGGGCUAUCAGAAAGGUUAGUGGUAGUUUCCAAAGGAGAACAGUAUCACAAGCAGAGCGUCAUUUGGAUUCUGUAAAAGCACUUGAUCGUAAAGAAUUACAUGGCACGGAAGAAAAUGAGUCUGGUAAGAAGAAACCACCUCCUACAAGUAUGUCUGAUGCGUUUGAACUCUGUGUUAAGAAUAUAUCAGAUGAAUCGCAUACUUUAAUAAAUUUGGCAUCUGUUAUAGAUCGUGAAAUACUAGAAGGCAUUACAGAUUUUAUAAAGGAGCAUGAACCCCGAGUAAAAGAAACAUUACAAGAAUUUGCCGAACUUCUUAGUGACUAUGAUACGACGUUUAAGGAGAUAGAAGCAAUUGAAGUGGAAUAUGACGAAUACUUGAGACUAAAAGAGUUUUCUAGAAUUGACCCACAAAAUGGAAAAGACAAUGAAACUUAUGAAGAUAUAUCGGCUUCUAGUGAUAAAAGUGUUCCUAAUUCUGCGUCAGAGAAUAUAGACGAGUCAUUCUCCGAUUCAACACCACAUGACAAUUUACAGGAUUCUGGAUUUGAAUUUCCAUUACCUAUUGGAACUAUAAAGGUUAAGAAACAAUCAGAUUUGACUUCACUACUACAAAAGAUGACAGUAUCCAUUCCAACAAUAAGAAGAAAAAUUCCUUUACCGGGAUACAGAAAUGAAAUUUUCAAGAGUGACCAUUUAUGCGAUUGGUUAUCAAAGCAGAGACCUUAUGGUUUGAAUCCUAGUCGUCUGAAUAUGGAAAAGCUCGGGCAAGCCUUACUUGAUUUAAAGUUGAUAGUAGGCACUGGGAUUUGGUCCAAAAAGUUUAAGAGCGAGGGAAUGUGGUUUGAAUGGUCUGACCUUGCCGUGCAAAUUGCAGAUUAUGAUCUAUCUGAUACUGAAAAGUAUGAACACGUCUCGACGAAGAUCCCAAAAUUGACUAUUGAUGAUACUACUAGUAAGUUUAUGAAUGACAUGGCACAAAAUACUUCAAAAAGAUUUAAUGGUCUAUUUAAUACAGUCAAAUCGUCAAUUUUAAAAAAUAAUUAUUCCGAACACUUGAAUGACUUAGAAGCAAAGUAUAAUGAAAGCUAUUUGGAAUUGCAAGACUUGAAGCAUUUAAUUGAACUAGAAGUUAUUAAUAAGUCAACUGCGUUGGAAAGGUUUGAAAAAAUGAAAAUUGAACUAGUAUUCAAAAGCUUAACCAAAUUACAUGAAAUUUUAUAUAACAUUUCAUUAACAACAACCACAGGAUUACAUAAAUUGGCAUCGGAAUAUAUUGUAAACAUUAACUCAGCAACUAAUUAUGCCCAUGAAUUUGAUAAAGUGCUAGAAGAAUUUAAUACUGGCAUUUAUUUUCCCUCGGCAAUUUCUCCAAAUCUUUUGGCGAACCCUCAAUUUGGUGCCAUUCAAUCAAAUAAGAAUUUCCAAAAUUUAAAGUAUCAAUUCAAUCUAUAUAAAGAUAUACCGUUACAACCUCAAUUAACGCAAUCAGAAGAAAAUUCUAAUCAUCUAUUGAGCAUAUCCUCGUUGCCCAUUUUCCUUUAUCAAAUCGUUAAUUUAAUUGAAGAACAAGAAAAUAAUGAAGAGGUCAGGCAAUACUGGUUGAGUCCAAUAGAUCAUCAAUGUAACUGGACUAUUAAAGAACUGAUUAUUAAUAGAGUAAAUGUCUACGUGCCGGAAUCGGAGCUUGAUGUUUCAAAAGAAUUAGAAAUCCAUAAGGAUAUGUCUGAAAAGGUUGUUUCGUAUUUGCGUACAUUGCCUAGUGGUGGCUUGAUUAGCUUUUUCAAAAACUGGCUAUUGGAAAUAAGUGACUCGUUGAUACCGUGUAUGGUGUUUGACUCAUUACUAAAUAAUUAUAAGAAUGAUAUUUUGGAAUCAGACAAACAGGCUAUAGACAGCCGAAGAAAUGAAACUACGAAAUUGCUAAGCACACUCCCAAGGAGUAAUUUAAGUUCACUUAUUUAUAUUACUGAACACAUAUGUGAAGUAUUUAGUUUAGGACAAAUACCGGGUUUUGGCUAUGCCGAUGAAUUAUCUGAAGAACUUAAAAAGCCGAGUAAUGAAUCAAAGUUAAAUGAAAUAGCUACGGAAUUGAAUUCCAUGGAAGCUAUAGGUUCUAUUCCAUUCAUUCAUUUAAUUUUAAGGCCAUCACCUGUUAAGCAUUCUUCGGGCUUCAAACCUCCUAUGAAGGCAUAUAAUUCUAUAUUAGUGGACUUGCUUGAUAUAGAUGUUAGGUCGAAAUUGUUCAACAGUCUAAUCGCACACGAAAAGAACUACAUAUUCAAAAAAGAGAAUGAAAAGAAAGCCUUAAACAUCCAGGUAAAAAAAAUUGCACAACAUCCAAAGCUGGAAUCACUGGCAAACAAGAAUAUUGUUAGCACUCUUCCAAAGACGACUAAUCCUUUAAACGGAGGAGAUAGUUUUACUUUGAGACCAUUUAGGACUAGACCUACGCCUAAUCCUUCACCCUCUAAUUCACCUAGGCAUACACCGCAUAAUUCCCUUGAGACAGGUGGGGGCGAGUUAAAAAUAAAUAAAUUAAGGGAAAAAUCUAUGGCUGAUGAUACCAGCAGAACAAGAAGUUCUAGCGCCAGCUUUUUAGGCCCAAAUAUAGAUAUUGAAUUCGAAGACUAA